GAAGUAGAAGCAGUAGCAGGGCUCUGUGCCACGGUUUGGCUGCCUGUAUAUAAAUAUUCGAGACAGGGAGAUUAAGGCGUAAUAUUACAGUGUAUUAAAUUAAUGACCGGAGGAUUGUAGUGUUGUGUAACCGCUGGUGCAAUUAUAACAGUGAAUAAAAUGGUGUGAGCGUGUGCUCAGUCCGUGUCGCUGUGCUUUCUGAUCAGGCAGCGGAGAGGCGCCCUGCUGUAGUUGUUUACUAACGGCGUGUUUACUGUUUACUGCUGAACUCAGAACAGUUUACUGAACUCUUUGCUCUCGGAUCCAGCGGGUUUAUCUCCUCCUCACCCUCCGGAGGACAGAGUCUGCGGGAGCUCGGGAACAUGGGCCGGCUGCUGCGGCUCCUGUCUGCGGGCUGUGCGGGACUGUGGACGGACUGCGGCUCAGCUGGGAGGAAUGUUUCCCUGCACCGACUAAAAUUAACACCUGGAUCAGAUGAAAAACUGCUGUCACGUUUAUACGCCUUGUCAAGCAAACCCCCAAAAGGAUUUGAGAAGUUCUUUCCAAAGAGUGAUGAUGCUCCUGGUGUAAACCGGUCAGCUGCUGGACGCAGGGUGAAACCCAAUCAACCGGAUGCCCAAAGAAACAGAGCCAGUGGUGGAGCCAGUGGAGGAGGAGGAGGAGGCGGUGGUAAAAAGGAAGAUGACACUCGAUGGUCCCGCAUCCUCAGAGGAGACUUCCCAUGGGACGAGAAAGACUUCAGGAAUGUCGUCAUUGCGGCAGCUGGAAUGCUGGCAGCGUUCCUGUAUUUGCACUUCAGAGACACAGGAAAAGAGAUAUCAUGGAGGGAUUUUGUUACUUACUACCUCGCCAAAGGACUGGUUGAACGCCUUGAAGUGGUUAAUAAACAGUAUGUGAGAGUGCUCCCUGCUCCAGGAGUGAACACAUCUGAAGUGAAUUAUGUUUGGUUCAACAUUGGUACUGUCGACACAUUUGAAAGGAACUUGGAGCAAGCGGAGCGAGAGCUUGGUCUGGAGACUCGUAAGCUGUCAGUGGUUUACAGCACUGAGAGUGAUGGAUCAUUCCUAAUGAAUGUGCUCCCCACUGCUCUGCUGCUCGGCUUCCUGCUCUUCAGCCUCAGACGGGGGCCAGUGUCUGGAGUAAAGGGGAGCAAGAAAUCAAACAACCCCUUAAGCAUGACAGAGUCCACAGCCAAGAUAUUCAAAAACAACAUUAGCACCAGGUUCAGGGAUGUUGCUGGCUGUGAAGAGGCCAAGGUGGAGAUUAUGGAGUUUGUUAACUUCCUGAAGAAUCCCAAACAGUACAAGGAGCUUGGUGCCAAAAUUCCAAAGGGUGCAGUGUUGUCUGGCCCGCCUGGCACAGGAAAGACUCUGCUGGCGAAAGCUACGGCUGGAGAGGCUGGAGUUCCAUUCAUUACAGUCAGUGGCUCUGAGUUUCUGGAGAUGUUUGUUGGAGUGGGGGCAGCUCGGGUAAGGGACAUGUUUGCCAUGGCCAGAAAACUUGCUCCCUGUAUCAUCUUUAUAGAUGAAAUUGAUGCUGUGGGCAAGAAGAGAGGUGCGGGGAACUUUGGUGGGCAGGGGGAACAGGAGAACACGCUGAACCAGCUGCUGGUGGAGAUGGAUGGCUUCAACAGCAGCACUAAUGUUGUGGUGCUGGCAGCCACCAACCGUGUGGAUGUUUUGGAUCCAGCACUUCUGAGACCUGGCAGGUUUGACAGGCAGAUAUAUAUCGGGCCUCCUGAUAUUAAAGGCAGAGCAUCUAUUUUUAAAGUUCACUUGCGGCCACUGAAACUGGAUUCCAGCUUAACCUCGGACGCCCUGGCCAGAAAACUGGCAGCUCUAACACCUGGCUUCACUGGGGCCGAUAUCGCCAACGUAUGCAAUGAAGCCGCGCUGAUUGCAGCCCGGCACCUCAGUCCAGCCGUGAGCGGCGUGCACUUUGAGCAGGCUGUUGAGAGAGUGAUCGGAGGCCUGGAGAAGAAGACCCAGGUGCUGCAGCCCGCUGAGAAAACCACUGUGGCUUACCACGAGGCCGGACACGCAGUGGUGGGCUGGUUUCUGGAGCACGCAGACCCACUGCUGAAGGUGUCCAUCGUUCCUCGAGGGAAGGGGCUGGGCUACGCUCAGUAUCUGCCUAAAGAGCAGUUCUUGUUCACGAGAGAGCAGCUGUUUGACCGAAUGUGCAUGAUGCUGGGAGGACGGGUAGCAGAGCAGGUGUUUUUUGGCAGAAUCACCACAGGUGCACAGGAUGACCUGAGGAAGGUCACGCAGUCUGCUUACGCUCAGAUAGUGCAGUUUGGAAUGAGUGAGCAGGUGGGCCAGAUGGCGUUUGAUUGGCCGCAGCAGGGCGGAGUGAUGUCGGAGAAGCCUUACAGUGAAGCCACAGCUCAGCUCAUAGAUCAGGAGGUACGCUCGCUCAUCAGCAAAGCCUUCCAGAGGACCCACCAGCUCAUCACAGACAAACGAGGACUGGUGGAGCAGGUGGGGAAACGUCUUCUGGAGAAGGAGGUUCUGGAGAAAGCUGACAUGAUGGAACUGUUAGGCCCGAGGCCCUUUGAUGAAAAGUCUUCCUAUGAGGAGUUUGUGGAGGGAACUGGAAGCUCUGAAGAAGACACCAGUCUGCCUAAAGGCCUGAAGGACUGGAACCAGAGCCAGGAUGACUCCUCACAGCAGCAGAAUCAGGCAGUGUUCCUGUAAACUCUGGAGCUCUGAGUGCAGAGUGUGGAGAGCUCAGUGUGGUGUUAUUAUGUAAGUAGUCAUUUUGGGGAAGUGGAAGAUUUCCCUUCAUUGACCUGAGUUGUGCAAUCGCUGAUUUAUUUGUAUAAGCUCAAGAAAUGUUGCUUUGAUUUUUCUUUUUUAGAAAAUAAAAAAUAAUAAAAAAAUAUUAAUUUCCCUUUAAAAAGGGGAUAGUGAGCUAUGGACCUGAGAGGAGCUUUCUGUUGAGGAAGUGUCUUCUCUAAAAUCUUUGAAUCUGGGAUGCAAUAAUCCUCAAACUGUGGUCAGUUCCUCAAAUGCAGUAGGACUCCUUUAUUAUUUUAAACAUACAGAUGCAUUAUAUGGACAAAAGUAUAGAGACACCUACUCAUUGUUUCUUAUUAAAUCAAAUGUAUUAAAAAAGGUUUAUUUUGUUUGUGUGAGUAAUUCUCCCUACUGUCCAGAAAAGGCUUUCUUAUAAAUUAUGGAGCAAUGCUGUUAGAAUUUGAUUGUAUUCAGCAACAAGUGAGUGUUUGUGAGGUUUGGAUUUUGGAUGAUUACCAUCCCACCUCAUCUCCAAAUACCCAGCUCAUCCCAAAAGUAUAGGAUUUGAGCAGAUAAUUUCCAGAGAAAACAGUUCCACUGCUCCAAAGCUCAAUGCUGGACUCUGUGGUGAACAAUCUACGUGUGAAAAUUUUAAACAUUUGUAUCUGGAACUGAAGUGCCUUUAGUGGAGACCUAAUUUGAAAUGAUGGCAUAUAGUUUGAAAGUAACACAGUGUUACACUUUAUUGCAUUCCAGGUAGCAGGUGCUAUUUUCCCUUAAAGUGUGAAGGCUGACUAAUCCUUCCUCAGAAGGCAAUCGUUACAAGUUGGGAAUGUGCAGGGUGUUCUGACUGUAUUGUUUAAAGCACUGUAGUGCUGUAUGUUUAGCUAAAACGUGUGUUAAGCUCUAAUUUGGUGAGGAUUUGUAAGUAGCAAAGAUGAUAAACUGACUGUGUUAAGUGUUUGAAUGCACUUUGUAAUGUUUCUGGGCUUUGGAUUGUCAGGUCAUGAUUUCAGAACAUGUUCGUCUCUUUUACUCAGACUGAACAAAGUGCUGAUGCCUUAAUGGUUCUGUUACUGAUCAGAGAACAGAACUCCAUAUUUCCAUAGAUCAAUAUUUUAUUUACAGUAUAACAUUAAAAACAUAUCAGAUGUUGAAAGUGAGACAUUUUACCAGUUCAUGAAAAAAAAACAAUAACUCAUUAAGUCCUAAUGGCUGCAAUGGAUCUCAAAAAAGGUGGGAGACCUGUUGCUGGAAGACUCUUGUCCCAUUCUUGACUGAUGUAGGAUUGUGGCUGCUCAACAGCCCAUCCAGCUAUACUUUUUCGGAUUUUUUAUUUCAUGAUGCGCUUAAAUGUUUUAUAUUUAUGAAAGAUUCUUCAUUUGAAAAGCAACCAUGCAACAUCCCGCUAACGAUGAAACACAUCCUCAUCCAAUGUCCUGCCAUAUAUAACCAUACAAGACAAUCUGACUACCAAAAAGAGAACAUUAAAAUAUCUUUUUUGCAAAAAAGAAACUCCUGGGAAGAUUUUAAAGUACUUAUAACAUCUUAACCUAAUUUAAUACCUAAUUUAAUACAUAUGUAGCGAGAUAUAUUUCCCUUAUCGUGCUAUAACCUUUGAACAACUUUACUCUGUCUAGACCAUAGACUGUGUAUAGCUGGACAGAGCAUCGUCUCUCAAAAAUGAAGCCACCACAGGUUGGGCUGUGUAACCCCACCCAUCCCCAUAGGUUUCAAUGGCAAAACAGAAAACUUUCAAUCACAUUUUUUCUAAUAUACUGUAAUUCUACCUCCAUUAUUUAAAUGCAUCAGCUAGUGUAACCUCUGCUUAUAUUGUCAAAUUUUUAUAUCCCCACAGAAUUCGUUUUUUAAAACUUUAUUCGGCUCUAUUCAAAAAAGGUGUGGUUAUUGUAAAAGGGCUGCUUAUGGGCGGGACCAAUAACAGACCGUCAGCUCCGCUCCGCUCUGCUCUGCAGCCUGUUACUGCGAGGCAGCCCUCAGGGGUGGGUUUAUUUAAAUGAGUAGGCUGUCUCUCCACAGUCUUUCUCCCUCCUCUGGUCUCUAUACUGCGCAGACUGGGGUUUCAGGAUCGCCAACAUGGCGGAAGAUUUUGGCUUCAUUUUCAUUGAAUGAAUGGGAACGGCGGCACGACGUCCAUCUUUUUUUUACAGCCUCUGGUCUAGCCAUAUAAACCAAGUGUAUACCACAAAUGCCAAAUUUGUACUGAAGUGGCAAUAAAACCCCAACAACCAACCAACCUUUUAAAAAGCCAUGCAUUCCAACAUUUUUAGAUGUGUUGCUGCCAUUGAGUUCUCACUUUCAGCAUCUGUAAGUUCCACGUUCUACUGUACAUGCAGAAUUGCAUUCUGUAUUUAUUAAAUUACAUUAAUUUUCACUUCAUUUUUCAAAGUGUCAAACCUUUUUGGACUUGGGGUUUUAUUUUAUUGUUAAAACUAGUUCAGUUAAAGUUUAUAAUACACCUUAUAAUAUUCAAUUCCUUCAAUGAAAAGUUUUUUUGUAUUAUUAUUAAGUAGCAGAACAUUAAGAUUGUUGUGAGAUUUGUUGAAGAAAGACCUAUUAUGCUGUUUUUUAAGCUCAAUCUUUUUAAAGGUACCACCAGCAAAAAACAUGUUUCACAUUCCUGUAUGGAAUCCCAGUUUAAAAACCUCUGGGUGGUUUCUGGAAGUAAAACCCAGAUUUGAUUUUUUGGGUCGUAGAUCUUUCUCUCAGGAAUCUACAAACAUGGAUGUUGCUACCUCACUUAGCCACUCGUAUCCGGCACUGAUGGGUAGUUUUCACAAACAUGGCCUUUAAUAAUAUUCACAAAUCCAGCUGCAGAUAGAAGAAGCAUUUAACUGUUGAUUUAAAGAUGUUCCAACCUUAGGACUGUUUUAUGUCUGAAACUCUUGUCUGGUUUUGGGAAAUUUUGUAAAAAGUAUCUCGUCUUCUAUAACAUAUUAAAUAAAAUUUAUGGGCUGUUAUGGCCUUCUUAGAUUUCUGCUGUAUUAUGUACUAACAUGUGAAAAUGUGAAAGCAAUGCCUUAAAACAAUUAAAAUAUGAAGAAUUCUUUGUAAAA